GCUGCGUGCGCGCCCCUGUCUCGGUUUUCACUUCCGGCGCCGCCAUGUUGGGGAGGUCGGCGGGGCGACUGGCGGGGGUCGUGGCGCUGGUCACGGGGGGCGCCAGCGGCAUCGGCCGCGCCGUGAGCGGCCGCCUGGCCCGCGAGGGCGCGCGCGUGGCCGUGGCCGAUCGCGACAUGUCGGGGGCGGCGGCGACAGCGAAAGGGCUCCCCCGGAACUGCCCCCCCGACCACGGAGCUUUCCAGGUGGAUGUGGCCGAUCCCAAAAGCGUCGCCGGGAUGGUGAGGGGGGUGCAGGAGCACUUUGGGGUUCCCCCCCGUGUCCUGGUGUCCUGUGCCGGGAUCACCCGCGACCGGAUGUUCCUGGAGAUGGGAGAGCGGGAAUUCCGGGAAGUGCUGGGGGUGAACCUGGAGGGGACGUUCCUGGUGACACAGGAGGUGACAAAGGCCCUGGUGACAUUGGGGGACCCCGGGGGGGCCUCCCUGGUCCUCGUGGGCAGCGUGGUGGCCAAGGUGGGGAAUUUGGGCCAAACCAACUACGCGGCCUCCACGGGGGGGGUGGAGGGGCUGACCCGGAGCGUGGCCAAGGAGGUGGCCAGGUUUGGGAUCCGCUGCAAUUCCGUCCUGCCGGGAUUUAUCGUCACCCCCAUGACGGGCAAAGUGCCCCCAAAAGUGCUGGACAAGUUCGCAGGGAUGGUGCCACUGGGACGACUGGGGGACCCUGAGGACGUGGCAGACGUGGUGGCUUUCCUGGCGUCGGGGGACAGCGGCUACGUCACCGGGGCCACCCUGGAGGUGACAGGGGGUCUCUUCAUGUGACGGAUCCAGCCCCUCCCCCCAAGUGUCCCCCCAAUGGGGGGGAGGGGCAGACCUCAAAAUUUGGGGGGUUGGGAUGGGGGGGAGGCCCCGAGUUUGGGGGGAGGGGACCCCAAAAUUUGGGUGGAGAACAAAAGGGGGUCCCAAAAAUCGGGGAGGGUCCCAAAACUGGGGAGGAGGGGCCUAAAGUAGGGGAGGGGCUCCCCUAAAAUAUGGGGGGGAACCCCAAAACUGGGGGGGUCGAGGGAGGGGGGUGGAAACCCCUCCAAAAAACCACCAGGAGCCGUUGCCAUGGAGAUGUUUAUUGGCCACGCCCACCGAGACCACGCCCACCCCUCCCCUCCCUUAAAUUUCUAAAACAACAAAAAUAAACAUUUUGGACCCCAAA